AUGGGUCAACUAUUUUUGGAUAGCAUUUUCUUAGCAGGGACUGAGUACAAUAUGAAAGCUCWCCRCUUGAGUUCUACCCAUCGAGGAGGACCACUCUGGAAUGAAAUCAAAAAGAUACUAAUACAAACUAAUCCCGGCCGCAGGACAAAGACCAGUCUCCGAGAUAAGGAUUGCCUGACAGGGUUGUACUCUCUUUCAAACCCUCUUCGACAGAUCAAAAAGACCGACAGAACUGUUGGUCUGUGCAACGAUGGAAGAACUGUCAAACAUCAUCUCAAGAGACUCAAUAAUAACCUUAAAGACACCAUCAGUUAUUAUAAAGUACUUAACGUUGUCAAGUCCCCAGUUUCGUUCCAGCUCGACAUGACUGCCUUGUCAAACUUGGCAGCACGUGACGCUCGUAAUCUCGUUCUAAAUAACGGGAAUCGAGGCGUUCCUGCAGAUGUUCUACGCAAUCUUCAAAUACUUGAUUUAAUAUAUAUGAUGAGUAAAACGCUGAGUCUACAGUGCACAUAAAACGCCCAAAGUAAAACCUACGAGUAGUUCGAGUAUUUUCAAAUAAAUCACGUGGAAUUCGCCUACAUUGUGCAGUAUUCAUAUCGUUUACCGAUACCAAGUAAGUCCGUAUUGGACAGUUACUGAGAUAACGUUUCUCUUCUGUGGAAGAGUUUGAUCGCCUGCUAUUGCAAGACAAGUAUAUUACUUUAGAUUAGGUUGUAAUUUGUAACCUUAGAUUAAUAGAUCCUCAAGAGCUAUUCGAAAAAGAA